GCGCCGGCCCUGCUGUGCGCGCUUUGGAGACAAGGCUCAGCGCACGCCGGGGGCACCUGCUCUGCGCUCGGAGGACGCUGCGCUCGGGCACUGAGGCCGGCGCCCGCGAUGUUCCCGAGCCCGGUGACCACGACGCCUUUCUCCGUCAAGGAUAUCCUGAGCCUGGAGCAACAUCCCAGCGGCUUGGCGCCCAUGGAGCUCUCGGCUCUGGGCUCGCCCUCGUCGUGCAUGCUGGCCACCUUCAAGCAGGAGGCGUAUCCGGCCGACGAAGGCCCGAUCGCGGACAGCCCCGUCGGCCUCGCCAAAAGCAACAGCGCCGCUUUCCCCAGCCCCUUUUACGCGGCCAAAAACUACGUGGAAAUGGACUCGACCAAGGCGCCCAAAGGGGACAACAAGAAAGAGCUGUGCGCCCUCCAGAAAUCCCUGGAGCAGGAGAAGCGGGACGCCGAGGAUCCGGAGCGACCCCGGCAGAGGAAGCGGCGGAAACCCCGCGUGCUUUUCUCGCAGGCGCAAGUCUACGAGCUGGAGCGGCGCUUCAAGCAGCAGAAAUACCUCUCCGCCCCGGAGAGAGACCACUUAGCCAACGUGCUGAAGCUCACGUCCACGCAGGUCAAGAUCUGGUUCCAGAACCGGCGGUACAAAUGCAAACGGCAGAGGCAGGACCAGAGCUUGGAGAUGGUGGGCAUCCCUCCUCCGCGGAGGAUCGCCGUGCCUGUCCUGGUCCGGGACGGCAAGCCUUGCCUGGGGGACUCGUCGCCCUACAGCUCCCCCUACAACGUCAGCCUCAACCCCUACAGCUACAACUCCUACCCGGCCUACAGCAACUACAGCGGCGGCGCCUGCAGCGCCAGCUACAGCUGCAGCUACCCGGGCGUGCAAGGCGUGCAGCCCGCGGCGCCCGGCGGCAACUUCAUGAACUUCAGCGUGGGGGACUUGAACCCCGUGCAGACGCCCAUCCCGCAAGGGAACAGCGCCCUCUCCACGUUGCACGGCAUCCGGGCCUGGUAGGCCUCCCAAGGCUCCCUCCCUGCGGCGGGGGCUGAGUGCUUGGGGGAAGACUUUUCCUGGACGGACUCCAAAGCGGGCAUUAAAAGCAGCCGGGUUGGACCUCCUGCUGGAGAGAGGCGGUCUGUCAGCAGGGAUCACUCUGGGCUCAAGGAUCCGGGGGCGCGAGGGAACGCAUCCCCCCACCGCACCGCCCAGGUUUGGGGUUCUUUCGGGUUGGGCGCACAGAGGCUCCCAAGGCGCCUCCCAGCACUUGCUCAUUCGCCCAAGGGAAGAUCUUGUCUACAUUGCUGGACACAUUUUCUGCCCCCUACUGCCCCGCCAGACAACUUCUGCUCCAGGCCAGGAUUGCGCGCGCUGCGCUGGGCUUUUUUAUGGUUCAAACUACAGGGAGCAGCUUGCUCUGCAGAU